AUGGCUGGACCCGGGCCCGUUUUCAGGGAGACCAGGACAAAGUUAGCCAGAGCGGCCUCUGGGGCCGGGGCCAAGAGGCAUCUGUGGAUUUACCCCGACACCACACACUUCCUCUCCCGCUUCUCAGUCUGUCAGAAGUACCCACCCCCCCGCCCCCCUAUCCCACCCCCCCAUGCUGUGAUGGACACCACUUCUGCGGAUACUGUGCUCGUGGCACAGAGGAAGGCCCCUCUGCAGACUGCUAAUGAAGCCAUUGGGAUGCGGAUUCCAUCCCGAGCCCCCUCAGCCUCCCCGGCCGAGAACCAGCCCUUCUAA